AUGGCCAAGAUCCAAGAGCGCUGGGUGGCCGGGCUGCAGAACUCGGGCAGGGACCUGGUGUCGGCGCUGCGAGCGCCGUCCCCCAUCUGCUGCCGGCCACCACGAGGGCCGGCCAAUGCGGCGCCGGCCGUUCCUGCUCCGCCGCCGAUUCCGGACCUCGUGCUCCUGGGCUCAGCGCCGGCGCCGUCCACGGAGCCGCCGCUUCUUGGGACCCCAUUGGGCAAGGGGGUUUUCUUGACCCCCGUCCAAGGGUUUUCUCCUGUCGGUGCGUCGUCCUCCUCGACCUCCGGCGUGGCCAUGAGCACGGGGCCAAUGCCACCGGCCGUCGCUAGGGCCGGCUCCUCCUCUGCUCCGCCACCUCUCUCCUUCCCGCCGGGGUUUUCACCCCGGCCUCGGUUCGCUGCGACUACGUAA